AUGGCUAGCGGAGCCAAAAUCUCCGUCUCAUGGGCCGACCUCCCUAAGGAACUCAUCCACAAGAUCGGCAAAUGCCUCGACACGGAGACCGACGUCCUCCGCUUCCGCGCCGUCUGCAACUCCUGGCGCUCCUCGACGACGCCGUUUAAGAACCCCCUCCAGACGCCGAUCAAGCUCCCGUUCCCCUUCUCCGCUGCCGACGGCGGAUCAGGUGAGCACUUGGCCCUCUCCGAAAGAAUCGUCUACCGCAUCCAAAUGCCUGAUUGCACAGGUGAGCACUUGGCCCUCUCCGAAAGAAUCGUCUACCGCAUCCAAUUGCCUGAUUGCAAACAACCCAAUUUCUGGGUGGCGAAGGUCGAGAGGUCGGGCGACGGCAAACUGCAGCUUCUGAAUCCUGCGAGCAACCACCGGAUAAAGAUCCAGCCGGAGACGCCCAUUCCGAAGGUGCUAGACACUUUGAAUUAUCGAAUUUGUGAGGUAUGCCGGGCUUACACUCUCAACUACGUGAAUUCUGUGAAAUCCAACCGUAAUAAUGAGUAUAAAUACGGUAAGAAAGUUGCUGUCUCGUGGGGUGUGGACAACAGUGACUGCAUUGUGAUGGCGAUUUUUGGUGAGAAAGAACUGUGGUACAUAAAAUCAGGCGAUGAGAAGUGGACUAAGGUUUAUAAUAAGUAUGGUUAUAAUAGAAGUAGCUUUCUUGAUGUUGUGUUCUUCAGCGGCAAAUUUUAUGCGCUUGAUGUGAAUGGAGCUGCGUGGGUGUUCGAUUCUGAAUUCGAGCAAACUAGAGUCAUAUAUAAUUUAUUCUCCUAUGCUUCUAAAAAGCGUUUGGUGGGACUGUAUGAUAGGGAGUUGUAUUUGGUAGAGGGGUCGACUGAUAAGGACAAAAGAGUCUGCAGGUGCCGUGAAGAAUAUGAUGAAGCGUGUAUAUGUAGGUUUCCAAAUACCCCUGUUCUGGGUACCUUUGUUGAGAUUUUGAUUUAUCGGAUGGAUAAACAAAAAGGGGAGUGGGUUAUGGAUAAAACUAUAGAUGAGCGGAUAAUAUUUGCAGGCGAUGAUUGCUCGUUCUCUCUUCCUGCAAAGGAAUUUGAGGGAUGUGAUGGGACUCGUGUUUUUUACACGGAUCAGUACUUUGACUAUAAGACCGAGGAGGAAAAGGUGGUCUAUGCUCAUGAAUGUUUUGACGACUGGGAAUGCUCUUCGGACGAGUUGAUGGCUUUGUUCCUGCUCUUGAUGUUAAAGUCAAGUUCAGAGAAUUGCAUGGUCAUAACACGGGUGUGUGUGAUUUUGGAAGUGGUAAAAUGGGGUCGUUGCUUAGGUUUCCCGAGUAUGCUGACAUAUUCUGGCCACCGCCAUCUUGGCUCAAAUAGGGUGCUUCUUUUGGAUGUUCGCAAGGUAGUAGCUUUUGAAUGGUAUCAUCAGUAA